UUAGCCUACCCUCACCUUCACCUUCCUCUCUCUGUGAUAUCGACAGAGAUAUAUAGAAACCAAAACCUAAUGUCAAUAAUCACAUAGGAAUCUCGAUCGUUUGCCAUUUAUAUAUAUAUCCUCGCUUUCUUCCCUCUGUUAUCUACGUCUUGCAAUUUCCCUUUCCUUUAAGUUUAGUGUAAAGCUGGGUUAACAUCAGAACGUACUGCUAGGCCGGCCAGCCAGUUCGAUCAGAAAGCUUAACCCAGAAUUUAAUCCGAAAACUUAAAUAGAACCCUUCUGCAGAAGAAAUAAAAUGGUAUACCACCAGCGCAAAAAAGGUGAAAAGCCUAGGGAGGAAGAAGAUGAUGAGGAGUGUCAGACCCUUGCUAUGGAGUGUGCGAGCUCUAGUUAUUACAAAAGAUCAACUUCAAAGCUUUUCACCUUUCUCUUCAUCUGUAUUCUCUCUUGUAGCUUCAUAUUAGCCCCUCAUCUGAUAUUUUCCUCUGUCCCCACUUUCUCCCUUUCAAAACCACCGGAAGGAGAAAAUGAAGGCCCGAGUACUGCUGCUGUUACCGACGCAAAGGCUCCCUUGUAUUCUUCGAUGUCUAAUGCUGCAGGAGCUAUUUGUUGUGAUAGAAGCAGUAUGCGUUCAGAUGUUUGUACCAUGAAAGGGGAUGUAAGAACACACUCGCCUUCCUCUUCUAUCUUCGUUUACGCAUCGCAAGACCAAGCAGUGAAGAAUGAGGAGGACCUCCAACACGAAAAGAUCAAACCCUACACCAGAAAAUGGGAAACAAUUAUUAUGGACACCAUUGUUGAGUUGGACCUCAUUGCAAAGAAACGUACUCUGAUCAUGAACCAUCAUAACUGUGAUGUCCAACAUGAUGUUCCGGCAGUGUUUUUCUCAACCGGGGGUUACACCGGCAACGUCUACCAUGAAUUUAAUGAUGGGAUUAUGCCACUGUACAUUACUUCCCAACAUUUCAACAAGAAGGUUGUGUUCGUCAUUCUUGAAUUUCACAAUUGGUGGGUCAUGAAAUAUUCGGACAUUCUCUCCCAUCUCUCAGAUUAUCCUGUAAUAGAUUUCCAUACAGAUGAGAGAGUUCAUUGCUUCCCUGAGGCCAUCGUUGGUUUGAAAAUUCACGAUGAGCUCACUGUGGAUUCUUCAUUGAUGGAAGGGAAUAAGAGCAUCGUCGAUUUCCGAGAACUCCUUGACAGAGCUUACCAGCCUCAGAUUAGAAGUCUAAUGCAUAUGCAUGAACAUGCAAAGGUUUCUGAUGUUCUUUCGAAAUCGAAAAGGCCAUCCAGAAUCAGGAGAAAUGUGCAAGAGCGUGCAUUCAAUAACGAGCCGAAGUUGGUUAUCAUAUCUCGGAAUGGAUCAAGGGCGAUAACCAAUGAGAAUUUGCUGGUGAAAAUGGCUGAGAAAAUCGGGUUUCAUGUCCAAGUUUUGAGGCCGGAUAGCAGGACAAUGUUAGCAGAGAUUUAUUGGGCUCUAAAUUCGAGCGAUGUCAUGAUUGGGGUUCAUGGUGCUGCCAUGACACAUUUUCUGUUUAUGAAGCCUGGUUCUGUGUUUAUCCAAGUCAUUCCUCUCGGAAUUGAAUGGGCAGCAGAGGCAUACUAUGGAGAACCUGCAAAGAAGCUUGGGUUAAACUACAUUGGAUACCAAAUCCUUACUAAAGAGAGCUCGUUAUGUGACAAAUAUAACAAGGAUGAUCCUGUUCUUAAAGAUCCAAGGAGUGUAACCAGAAAGGGAUGGCAAUACACAAAGAUGAUCUAUCUUGAGGGUCAGACGGUGAGACUAGACCUCCCAAGAUUUCGGAAACAAUUGGUUGGCGCUUACAAUUACACCAUUGAUAGAUUGAAACAGCAGCGUUCCAAUAUUCAGUCACAUUGAGUUCAUUAGUAUCG